GGCUUCGGGGCUUUUUGAUCAAUGUUUUUGACUCGCUAUGGCCCUGUCCUGACUCGGUUUGAAGACGAGACGAGUUCUGCGAAUCUGGUUAUUGACCAUGCUUGCAUAUUCGAUGCCUAGUCAUGUUGUUUUUUAGAAUAUGAUGCAACUCUCUGUUGGGAUAUUUCAGACUGCCAGUUACUGAUUCGAAAGGAAGAUCUACGUGGAGCUGAAAUGUUAAAGCUGCUUUCGAGACACAAGUUACCGUGGCCAAAAGCCGGCCUAAGGUCUCUCUCAAAUGGGAAGAACGUCAAUGUUCUUGCAGAAGCAAGACAAUUCAAGGAAGGGGAUUCCGUUCACGGAUAUAAAGUCGUUCAGAAUGAAGACAUCCCUGAUUUUCACAUGGUGGCUGUGAAGCUGAAACAUGAGAGAACUGGGGCUGAACAUCUUCACAUCGCAAGGGAUGACCAAAAUAAUGUAUUCAGUGUCACAUUUCGAACGACACCAAUGGACAGUACUGGGGUUCCCCAUAUUUUGGAGCACACUACUCUCUGUGGCUCAAAGAAAUUCCCAUGCAGAGAUCCAUUCUUCAAAAUGCUGAACAGGUCACUAUCAACAUUCAUGAAUGCAUGGACAGCAAGCGACUACACCAUGUACCCAUUUUCAACACAAAAUGGGACCGAUUACUCGAACCUUAUGUCUGUUUACCUGGAUGCAGUCUUUUUCCCAAAUCUGCGAGAGCUUGAUUUCCUACAAGAAGGUUGGAGGCUUGAGAACGAAAAAGUCGAUGACCCAAGCUCCCCUUUGGUUUUCAAAGGUGUGGUUUUCAAUGAAAUGAAGGGCGCCUUUUCAAAUCCCGAGAGCCUUUUCGCGACUCACUACCAAAACCUGUUGCUGCCAAGUCAUACCUAUGGUUAUGUCAGCGGUGGAGACCCGUUAGUGAUUCCUGAACUGACGUGGGCACAGCUGAAGGAUUUUCAUCGAACACAUUACCAUCCAAGCAACUCAAAGUUUUACACUUACGGAGACCUUCCGUUGGAGAAGCAUUUGCAACAGAUCAACGAUCAGUCAUUGAAUUCCUUUGAAAAACUGGUUGUUGAUACAAAGAUUAUAAACGAACCAAGGUGGAGUGAGCCAAGAAGAGCGGAGGUCUUCUGCCCACCAGACAACCUCGCAGCUGAUGCUGAAAAACAAACAACUAUCUCAGUUGGUUAUCUUUUGGACAGCACGACCGACCCAUUUAAAGCGUUUACGAUGGGAAUUCUAUCAACUUUGUUGGCCAGUGGACCGAAUUCACCAUUCUAUCAAGCACUGAUCAAGCCGAACAUUGGAUCAGGAUACUCGCCCGUCGUUGGCGUGGACACAAGCACAAAAGAUGCAACCUUUGGCGUUGGUCUGCAGGGCGUGAGUAAAAAAGAUGUCCCAAAGAUUUUGGAUAUCAUAAAGACAACAUUCGAAGACGUUGCAGGUAAAGGUUUUGAAGAUGAAAGAAUACAGUCGAUUUUACACCGAGUAGAAUUGGCUCAGAAACACCAGACAAGCAGUUUUGGUCUUGGAGUUAUAUCUUCCUUAAUGUCAAGUUGGAACCAUGAUGCAGAGCCAAUUUCAAUGCUAAGAGUUGAUGAGCAAGUGGAGAAUUUCCGUAAUGCCCUCAGUAGUGACAAAGAAUUUCUUCAAAAGAUGGUCCAGGAAUAUUUUUUGGAAAACACACACCAGCUUACCUUGGAAAUGAAUCCAAAGGAGGAUUAUAUUGAACUGAACGAAAAAAGAGAAGCAGAAAUUCUAGAAUCAAAAGUGAAAAAGCUGACAGAUGAGGACAAAAAGAUUAUUUUCGAGAAAUCACUGGAGUUAGAGCAGCAACAAAACUUAGUCGAUGACCUUUCUUGUCUACCAAAAAUGCUGGUCAAAGACAUCGACAAGCAAGCCAAAAGAGUCGAUGUCGAUAUUGAGUAUGGAGGUAACAAUAUCCCAAUUCAGAUUUGUGAACAACCCACGAAUGGAGUUUGUUAUUUCAGAGCAAUAGCCGAUGCAUCUGCCCUUCCUGAAAAUUUGAAACAAUAUCUGCCGCUUUUUUGUAGCAUUAUUACAAAAAUGGGUGCUGGUUCAAUGAAUUACGAGCAGCUAGCUCAAGAAGUUGAGAUGUACACCGGGGGCCUUUCAGUUGGCCCCCAUAUCGUUCCCCAUCAUACAGACCAAGACAAGUUCGAACUUGGCGUGAUGUUUGGAUCAAAAUGCUUGGACAGGAAUAUUCCCAGGAUGUUCUCUCUUUGGCAAGACAUUCUUAAUGAACCUAACCUAAAGAACUUAGACCGACUUCGGACCCUUAUCAACUCGAUUGCAUCCGACCUGGCAAUGUCAGUAGCUGACUCUGGGCAUGCGUAUGCGAUGGCAGUUGCAGCCAGCCAACUAACACCGGUUGCUAAAUACAGCGAGCUUUUCGGCGGAAUGUCUCAGGUAUGGUUCAUGAGAAACCUCGCUGAAAUGGAUGAUUUGGAACAGGUUUCAAACAGCCUUAUUGAAAUUGCCUCGUAUAUACUAAAUGCAAACGACCUUAGAUGUUCUUUAAACGUUACGGCCGAGUCUCGUGGACUAGCUUCAAAUGCCCUGAACGCACUCGCUGCAGAUGUAAAUACUUUAGGGACAGAUGAAAUCGAAUUUGAUCAAAUGCCACAUUUCGCUGCAAAGAAGAGCAAAACAUUCAUUCCGAUGCCCUUCCCUGUUAACUACGUCAGUCGAUGCAUGAGGACGGUUCCCUACACUCACCAAGAUAGCGCCUCCCUUCAAAUUCUUGGAAAACUUCUCUCAGCGAAGUAUCUCCACCGUGAAAUCAGAGAGAAAGGGGGUGCCUACGGAGGAGGAGCGAGACACGGUGGAAGCACGUUCUCCUUCUUUUCGUACAGAGACCCGAAUUCUACAAAAACCUUGAAAGCCUUUGACGAAUCAAUCCAAUGGGCUGUCAACAGCAAUUUUACAGAUGAAGACAUUGAAGAGGCAAAGCUGUCAGUUUUUGCUUCAAUCGAUAGUCCAGUGUCUCCUGGAAACAAAGGCAUUACGCUUUUCUCCCAGCGUAUAACUCACGAGAUGCGUCAGCAAUUUAGAGAUAGAUUAUUUCAAGUAAAUCGAGAUGGUAUCCUCGACGUAGCCAAAAAAUAUUUAGCCUCAGAUGAUACUGUCGAUUCAAUGGCUGUUAUUGGGCCUGAAAACACCGAAUUUGAACAAGAUGAGUCUUGGGAGAAGAAAACAGGUUUAUGAUAGUUGUAGUUUUUAGUGCUAAAUUCAACGAUUGUUAUAUAUAUUUUGACUUUUUUUGUUCAAAUUGAUGUUCCGUAAUGCUAAAUUGAAAUUUGUGAAUGAAAAACUUUGCUAAGUAAA